AUGUUCGAACGACUGUGCGGAUGCUGCAGCCGAGGCGCCUCGUCCAGUGAGGAUGUUAUUCGGGGCGAAGAAGAGCGACGGUUGCGAGCCAACGAUCGUGUCUUUAACUCUCAAUUCAAAUAUGCGGUACGGAAGGCCUUACAAGGAAGCAUCCCAGGUUGCCAUGGUCGUUCA